AAGGGGAUCGGCGAGGGGGAGGCCUUGGGCAUCUUUGGGCGGUGGGUGGCUCCGAAGGGCUGACGGGGCCGGAGAGCCGGCUCUAGGCCGGCAAUCUGACCCGUGUCUUGCCCGAACUCGCAGAGCGGCGGGUCCUGUCCUCGCCAUGAGGCCGCAGCAGGCGCCGGUGUCCGGGAAGGUGUUCAUUCAGCGAGACUACAGCAGUGGCACCCGCUGUCAGUUCCAGACCAAGUUCCCCGCGGAGCUGGAGAACAGGAUUGAUAGACAGCAAUUUGAAGAAACAGUUCGAACUCUAAAUAACCUUUACGCAGAAGCGGAGAAGCUUGGAGGCCAGUCCUAUCUUGAAGGCUGUUUGGCUUGUUUAACAGCAUAUACCAUCUUCUUAUGCAUGGAAACUCAUUAUGAGAAGGUCUUGAAGAAAGUCUCCAAGUACAUUCAAGAACAGAAUGAGAAGAUAUAUGCUCCCCAAGGCCUCCUCCUAACAGACCCCAUUGAGCGAGGACUCCGAGUUUUUAGAUUGAAAUCACCAUCUAUGAAGACAGAGGUGUGAGCAGUGGAAGAUAAACCACAGAAUGAAAGAUCCCACCUCCAGCUGGGACCUUCGUCUAUCCACUGGCUGAUGGCAGAGUGUCCCUACCUCCUCUCCAGAGCGUUAUUCUCUUGUCUCUGCUGCCAGAGCCACGGUGCCACACCUGGAGUGACUGCUUGUCACUCAGCAUCCACUUUGUGUCUCCCAAUUGUGUAAGACUCUGUGAUCUUUUGAUUUGUUUCCAAGAAAAUAUAAGGAAGCAAUUCACUUUUUAAAAUUCAAAGCCAUUUAAAAAGCAGGCAGUUGGUCAGCCCAAGACAAAGUUGUUUUCUUUCCUGACACCAGUCUCACUGGUUCUCCUCGUCCCUUGGGCCAGUUUCCUAGGUGGCUUUAUGAUUCCACAAGUCAUGUCUUAGCUCAGUUCUUCCCCCAGAUUAGUAACAGGCUUUGAGGCUGUGUAUGCCUGUGGUCCGGCUGAUCUGCUGCCCAGAUUCCCCAAGCUACCAGCCUUGAUGUGCUUCAGAUCUUAAGAUUGAUUUCUGCUGUUCAAUUUCAGAGGCUCCUUGAGAGAAUAAUAUAUGUUACUUGUUUUAGUAUUGCACUUAUUAUUAAAACAGUAUUUAAUGCAA